CCAUCCUCUACGUUCAAGGUAUAUUUUUUUGCUCUCUCUCGUUUCGUAAGUCUUUCCUUGGGUCGUCUUCUAGAUAAGUACCAAGUCGUUGAGUAUGAGCUCUCGAAACUCAAUUUUCGACUGUCGCCAUGAUCGGACUCCCGAAGAUUCACCGACCGACUCGCUGGCCAUUGAUCUCUUCCGAACCGAUUCCCUUGACGAUGAACGCCAAUCCUCGGGCUUGUCCUCGAGCUCGUUUGAUGACUUGAUUGGCUCUUUUUCUGCGCCAGCCGAGUUUCGACACCAAGAAAGUUUAUUGGAGCAGGAUGCCGCUGCUCCAACUUCGGAUGUAGCCGACUUCCUAGGUCCUACCAAGACGACAGCCGAUAUGUUGGCGUAUGCGCUUGACUUCUCUCAUGCUCUGCCGAGCCUGGAGAGGUUUACUCAGACAAGAUCCGAGCAUCCCUGGACGACUCCGAAAGAGUACUUUUGUGUUUUACUCCAACGGCUAUUUCUAACGUCGUGGGGCAUCGGAGAUUGGCGGAUUGGUGUGAGGUUAAGGUCGGUGCAAUUUAUUUUGAGGAGACGACCCGCCUCUCCAGGGUCGGCGAUCACAAACCCGACACGUUCUACAUCCAAUCCUGUACUACACCUCGGUGAUGAUGCAAAGAAGCCUAGGUCCGAAGACAAGCGAGAAGGUGAUGGGUACGGGCGCAGAAAGGUGAUGAUGCAAAGAAGCCUAGGUCCGAAGACAAGCGAGAAGGUGAUGGGUACGGGCGCAGAAAGGUAAAUAAUUCAUUCAUAUAAUUUUCAAGAUACGGAAGAAAUGUGAACAUGUUUU